GUGAAGAUGAAGCUACUGUUGAUUUCGUUGGUUCUGCUGGUUGCGAUCGUCGUCAAUGGACAGCCACUGAACGAUGAGCAGAUGAAGAAAGCGGAAGGAUUCGCGCUCGGGUGUCUCGAGCAGCACAAGAACCUGAACAAGGAGCACCUGCUGUUGCUGCGAGAUGGUGACUUCUCGAAGGUGGAUACCGAUACGAAGUGCUUCCUGCGGUGUUUCCUGCAGCAGGCCAGCUUCAUGGAUGCGGCUGGUAAGCUACAGAACGACUACGCCAUCGAACGGCUGUCGGUGAGCCGCGAGAAGUCCAAGGUGGAGGCGCUCGUGAAGAAGUGCAGCGUUGAAGUGGAUGAUGCCUGUGAGACGGCGUUCCGUGCGGUGGAGUGCUACCAUCGCGAGAAGGCAUCGCUGCUGUGACAUCGCUGGCGUAAGAACGAUCGCCAGCUGGGACAACCGGGGCCCGUCUAAAUAUCCGUCUCUGUGAAUGCA